AGAACGCAAUUCGUGAAAUCGCGAUGAAUCUCAUUACUAUACAGCCCAUCGUCAUCGUCGCUACCUGGUGGGAAUCGUGACGGAGCCUAUCGGCGAUCAGCGCACCGUCGAUCGAAAGUCGGAUAUCAGUAACGUGUGCGUACUCAUCGCGACCGGACGGACGGAGUGUACCGAUCGAUUUUAUUGUUCUAAAGAAAAACGAAAAAAUCGCCCAAACCAACCCACCAUGCAUACCUUUUCCAAUCAUCCGAUCGGAUUACUUCCGAUCGAGGAAAACUACGAUCCAGCGAAACCGUCGAUUGCGGCAUUUUACGCUGGUCGGGACAUCUUUAUCACCGGUGGCACCGGGUUUAUGGGUAAGGUACUGAUCGAGAAGCUGUUGCGUUCCUGCCAGGGGGUCAAUCGUAUUUUUGUUCUGCUGCGGGAAAAGAAGGAGAAAUCUGUUUCGGAGCGGUUUAAAGAAAUGCUACAAUUACCGUUGUUCGAGGUGCUUCAUAAACAACAUCCUGAAAUGUUAGCUAAGAUAAUCCCCGUGGCGGGAGACGUAUCCUUGCUAGGGCUCGGUUUAUCCGAGGGGGAUGUUCGACUGAUGAGCGAAGUUUCGGUGAUUUUCCACGUGGCUGCCAGUGUGCGUUUCGAUGACAGUUUGCAUGAUGCCGUUAUGCUGAAUACCCGUGGAACCCGAGAGGUGAUUCAGUUCGGCCGUUCGUUGAAAAAUCUAUGUGUCUUGCUACACGUGUCAACGACCUACUCGAAUCCGGAUCGGUACGUGAUUGAGGAGAAAAUCUAUCCGCCAUACGCGGAUUGGCGUGAGACUAUCAAACUGGCCGAACAGCUGGACGAAGAAACCCUGGAGAUCUUCACGCCCAAAUAUAUGGGAUUCCUGCCGAACACGUACGUCUUCACGAAAUCGCUAGCCGAACAAAUUGUGGACGAGUACAAGGAUAAACUUCCGCUGAUCCUGUUCCGACCGUCGAUCGUGAUCUCUUCGAUGCGCGAUCCCAUCCCCGGCUGGAUGGAUAAUUUUAACGGACCAGUCGGGUUGCUAGUUGGUUGCGGCAUUGGCAUCUGUCGUACGAUGUACUGUGAUCCGGAUAACAUAGCGGACUUCACCCCGGUUGACGUUUGCAUCAAGGCAAUGAUCGUGGCUGCAUGGAAAAAGGGAACCGCCGCAGCUCAGAGCAACCAAAACGUUCCGGAACCAGUCGAACCGUUGCCGGUGUACAACUGCUGCAUUUCGAACCUGCGCAACUCUACUAUGGGUCAAAUAGUGGAGAUGGGAAAAGUUCUGUCUGACGAUAUGCCAUUGGACAACUGCCUAUGGGCACCGGGCGGGGGCGUCACGCAGAUAUGGAUUUUAAAUUUUGUCCGAGUCAUGCUGUAUCAUAUUUUACCUGCUAUUCUGAUCGAUGUUCUGCUGCGAAUGACUGGCCAGCGACCAUUCUUAGCCAAACUGCAGCGCAAAAUCUACACCGCCAAUAUGGCUCUCGAGUAUUUCAUUCUGAACAACUGGGAUUUCAGAAACUGCAACUUUAUCCGGUUGGCAUCGGAAAUCAAACCAGAAGACAUAAAGGAAUUCUACUACCGAGACUUCAUCGAGUUCGACAUUACGCUGUACUUCCGAAACUGUAUCCUCGGUGCCCGUCGCUAUCUGCUUAAGCAAAAGGACGAAAAUCUUCCCCGAGCUUUGAAGCACCUGCGGCGCAUGAAAGUGGUAGACAAAGUGUGCAAAUUAGUGGCCUACAGUGGGUUCCUGUAUCUAAUCUUUAUCCAGCUGGAUCUGCUAGGUUUACUGCUGCAUUUAGCCUCUUACCGGACGAUGUACAGUCUGGAGAUGGAUUGCAGUGCCUUCUAAAUGACCAAUUGUCUUCUAUUAAACUAUGUAUGUUAAUAAAACUAGUACAGAAAUCAA